CAAAAUAGUGUUGCUUGCGGACGAAAUCACAUAAACAACUCGUUUCAUCCAUGUUGUAACAAAAUUCAGUUUUCGGACACGAAACACGCGCUCUAAAUUGUACCAAUGUUAUGGAAGUGGUUAGAGGAUAACUUCAAGUACCGACGAAAGUACUGUGGUUUUGUUUUUGGAAGACGACGUCAUUCGGUAUUGGAAGUAUGCGGGAGUCACAAGAUCACCAGACAACAAUAUCAAGCUUUACUGGCAUGCAUCGAUUAUUUAGAACAACAUAUUGGCGUGUACGGACUGUUCGUUACCGGUGGCAGCAUAAUGCAUGUGAAAAAAAUAUACGAUAAAAUUAAAUCCGGUUCACCAAAUCUGCUCGAAUACCUGCGCACAGUGCACGCGCCGCGCGAGUGUGCGAUGGCGUUCCAUCAGUUUCUUUCCAUCUUUCAGGUGCAGGUUCUUCCACAGCGUUGUAUCGAUGUCGUGAUGGGAGAUGUUGUCGGUGUGCCGAAGCGGCUCGUCGCACUGGACGUUCUAAACCUGCUGUACGAAGAGUUUGACGAUACGCGGCUUCACUUCGCCAAGCGGUAUCUGCAACUGAUGCGCCGGUACACACUGUACGGAUAUCUUCGGCCUACGGAAGUGCACGUCGUUGUUACGCCGUAUCUCGCAUUGUCGAAAAUAUUUCCCGGCCCCGAUACACGCACGAACAUGCAGACGAAAACGAUUACUCUCUUGGAGCUGUUUCUGUUGGCCCAACUCCUAGACGAUCCGAUGUCACUGUCCGCCCAGCUACAUCAAGCGUGUGCAUCGUAUUGGCAAACAACAGAGGACUAAAAGCGUAAAGAUAACGAUAUAUAGUGUCACAUCCACCAUAGCAUAAUUUUAGAUAACCCCAUUUGCUUCUUUUUUUGUGGAAAUGAUACCCCGGACGGUCGAUUUCGACCGUGAUGUAUGUAAACAUACGCACCAUAUCAAUGGCACCGACAAAAGGAACAUUAGGCCCUGGGGACCCUCGUUAUCGGGAAUCGUUUGAAGUAUCUAUAUCAACAGAUUUAAUAACCUAUCAGUGACACAAAUCUUACGAUAGCACACUUUUGCAUCGCGGCCGUCACGUCCGCUAAAGAUAAGAUUGUACAGAUUGUACAGUUCCUAUAAAAACAGCCGUUUGCAAGUUUCUGUUUUAAUUUACACUGUCAAUAUGCAACUAUUUCAUUAUAAAAUGAUCUAAAAAAAAUGAACGCAUUAAGAGCUUAUCGUUAGCAUCACAAUAGAUGAUUCACAUAUAUGGUUUGUUUGUCCAUGAUUUUUUUUUCAUUUCCUCCAAGAUGUGAAUCAUGGGAUAAAACAUCUUUUUCUUAAAUUCGUCACAAAACAAUCCUUAUCGUUACGGAGGUUUUUUUUUGCAGUAGAAAUGCACAUCCGUGACCACUCUCGUCUCAAGUUGCAAUCGGUGUGCUACUAUUAGUAUUUGUCCUUCUGGAUUUUUAUAUUUGAACAAACGUGUGCCUUUGCUCGAACGGGGAACAGUUUUGUUCUCACUAAUAAACCUCGUAGCGUCCCAAAGCGUUCUAUCGUCGACCGAUAAGAAAACCGCCUUUCGUCAGGUUCCUUCUCCUUCUUCAGGUCAGGCAUCUUUAUCGGUUAUGAAACUUUGCGAAGCGUGCGAUGGUGGUGCAUAUUUGCUGGAAACAUUUGCUACGCAUGGAUAGCAAAACCGUGACUAAACAAGGGGGGCAAGAAUGAAGAAAAGAAAAAAAAAUACAAUUGCUUCGUCACAAUCACGGUACGGCAUGCUUCCUUUCCUAUCGUUCGACUUGUUCCGUCUGGUGCCAUUUUAGUCAUCCGUUUUGUCGUAGAACAAACGGAGAGAAACUUUUCGCAGUCUAGUGCCUAUCGUUGAAGGUAUUUCAAGUUCCCGCUGCUAUCGUCGAUCAUUCAGUUGCACUUGACGCGUCUUCGAAACGGGGUAUACAGUUUCCUUAUACGUACGGAAUCACCACCAACAGGAAGCAACCAUGUGUUUGUGUUGUGGAAAUCGCGAAGGUUACGAUAUCGAUGAUGCCAAUUUUGGCAAAUCGUACAACGAAAGCUUCAGCACGAGUCAAACGGCUGAAGUGGGAGCACCGAUUGUGAUAGUUAGUCAACCGACCAACGGUGCAGUGGCCGUUACCGAAGGUUCCACCACCGCGGAUGCACGAUGAGUUACACAGCUUAACGCACUUGUGAUGAUGAUCGAGCACCGUAUCAGUUACAUUCCUUGAUGUGAUAUCAUCUUUAGCUAUCACCUUAUCUAUAACCAUGGAGUUGCGCUUAGGAUGCAUUUGUGCUAGUAUUAUUAAGUCAUACGAAAAGUCAACCCCUCAACAGUUUAUGGUUUUAAAAAAGGAAGGAACACGUGGUUCUUUAUAUCCAUAGUUUUAGUUACAUGAAGCCGCUCAUUUAGGCGUUUGUUUUUCGUUUUCCUUAUCGGCAGUAGUAAGUUUAAGCAGUUAUAAAUGCUAAUAAAUUCAUCUGUGUAUGUAAAAGAA